AUGAUACUCUGUCUUUCUGACCAUCUCUUACCUCACAUUUCGCUCGUUUUGUUUUUUGUUCUUUUAUUUCUUUCUACCAAACAGCAAACUAAAAAACAAUGAAAAUAAAUAUUUUUUUUAUUUAAUAUAAAGUCUACCAUCUUUAAAAAUAAUAUUCUGGCUUACGUAUCUAGACAAAUUUCUGAUCUGUAUAUUUUGAUGGAUUUUAUAUAUUGAAAGACAAGAAAUAAGUUUCUCUGGCCCAAAUUAUAUUAUCAGACCAAUAUAUGCAAGACAAACAAUACUAAUUUUUGAUUAAAAAAUAAUUCAAAGCUUGAUGAUCAAAAUUUAUUUCUCUUUCUAGAAAAUUAUAGAAAUGUAAACUAAAAACGCAAAAAGUGAAAAAACUCUAAUAAUUUGCCAAACCUUCUCUAAUCCUUGACAUGCCAUAUCCAUGCUUCUUGGACUUGGAUAAAUUAUGGACCGGAUAGUUCUGGAAUAAUGUCUAUGAAAUAACAUGGAAUAUUCGAAGUGCAAAGAUGUUGUAAGAGCUUAUCGAUAUUACAUGAUGAGUUGCAUAAUUUUUUGGACAAUAAUUAGCCUAUAAAACAUGAUAGUUUUUAGCGAUUUGAUUCAAAACCAACUGUUUGGAGUUGUUAAAAAGACUAAAAAUCCAGUGUACACAAAAAAGACUAAAAUUCCAACAAAACCGAUAGUUUCUUCAAGUUACGACCAUACCUUUUAGUUAUCUUUGAAAUAUGUUUGUUAAUUUCAGUUCAAAUAUAAGUUCUCAUGUAUAGUUCACAUAUCCGUAUCAAUUAGUAUAUGGAUAAGUUUGACGAAAAAAACAUAUAUUUUGAUGGCAAAUUUUGCUGGCCUUUGAAAACUGGAUAGAAUUAUCCGGAAUAUUACAAAAUAUGUAUUCAAUUUAUUGCCAGGGUAUUAUCUAUUUUCUGCAUAGUUUAUUGGUUAUAUAUAUAUAUUUAAUUUAGAAAAAUCUCCAAAAUAAUAUUUUCUAAAAAUUCUCAAAACAGCACUCAUUUAAUAAGAAAAACUUAAUUUACCCUAAUUUUAACUUCAAUAUAAAACAAAAAAAGUUUUUGUAAUAACUUUUUAAAUUUAUUUAUCUACUCUAUUAAAAUAAAGUCAUUGGAAAAAUCUACUGUAAUAAUUUAUAAUUGGACCUUCUCAUUAAUAACUUAAUAUUUUUUAUUUGAUAUUCACAUUAAUUAAUCAAAAAUAAUUCUUUAAAGAAAUCAGAAAGAAUAUUCUUUAGUAAGAUACUAAUAUUUUUACACUAAACAAAUGAAAUUUCAAAUGAAUAUUCUUUAAUUUUUAGGUUAUUUAAAUAUCCUACAUGUAUGUGUAUCAUUAUAACAAUCUUUUUUUCAUAAAUCAUAUCAAAUAUACAUGUAACGAUAUAUUCUUAUAAUUUGAUACAUAAAUUCAUGGCUAAUAUUCAUUUGUUGUUAUAUUAUUACAUAAUAUAAUUUAAAAUUCGCAGAAUUUAUUCAAUAAAAAUUAUAAAAACUAAAACAUAAAAUAUAUUCGAUCGACUAUAUUUAAUAUUUUCAUUUUAUAUAAAUAAUUGCAAUAAACUCAAAACAUAUAAAACUAAAAUAUAAAUUAUAUAUAAUACAAAUCUUAAAACACAAAUAUUUCUUUUACGCAUAAAUGUAAAUUACUGAUAUAAAUUUAAAAUAUAAAAAUGUAACUAUUAUUUAUACACAUUAUAUUAGUCAAAUACAACAUUAAUUACAUUUAACACUAACUUUUUAACAAAACAUCAACUACUUACUUUUAUCUCUAUUUUAAAGAUGUUUCUCUAUUUGAUUAUUGAAAAUUAAAAUACAUUGGUAUUCAGCAACUAAUGAAAAAUUAAAUUACAUUUUGAAACAUAAAUUAUUAUAUUAAUAAUACCAAAAAUAUACAUGAAUAAUGAUUUUUUAUACAUUAUAUAACAUCAAAUUGUAAAUAAUAUAUUUUAAAAAUAUUAUAAAAAUCAAAAUCAAAAUCAAAACUAUAUAUAAAUAGAAAAAAAUAUCUGCGCAGAUAGAUAAAAUUCUAGUUAAUGUUAUUUUAGAGAUGUUUCUCUUUAUUUGAACACAGGGUGUUUUAUUACUAUCUCAAGGUUUUACUCUUUUAAUUUUAAGAAGAAUUAUUACAUAAAAAAAGUUAUAUCCAUUUAUCCAGACAAGACCUUUAUUUUUGUCCAAAUUUGGUUUAUGCGUCGACAGUAUGUGAUCUAAAAAAAACUGUCUGAAGCAGUCUCAUGAUCUCUCUGUCUCUUUCAGCAAAUAAUCACUACAUCACCGCCAUAUACACACCACAUUAUCUUCCAUUUCUUCGUUUUCUUUUAUAAGACGGCAUUUCUCAAUCCAUUCUUAUCCAAGUUAUCGUCAUUCUCAGAAAGUCCUCACAGGAGUUUUUGUUGACUUUUCCCGUUUAGAAUCGGCAUUUUACUUCCUCAAUCUUGAAGCUUUUGAUAAGAAAAGACAAUAGAUUUGAGAGUGUAGAGACAUAAAGAAAAUCAAAAAGAUGAGUUCGAGGGAUGAGACAGAGGAGGCCAGGAAUGAGCUGCGACGACCUUUCAUGCACACAGGAAGUUGGUACCGGAUGGGCUCAAGACAAUCGAGCAUGAUGGGUUCGUCUCAAGUCAUCAAAGACAACUCAAUCUCUGUUCUUGCUUGUGUUCUGAUCAUUGCUCUUGGUCCUAUUCAAUUCGGAUUCACUUGUGGUUACUCUUCUCCAACUCAAGCUGCAAUCAUCAAGGAUCUUGGUUUGACUGUAUCUGAGUACUCUGUGUUUGGUUCUCUGUCCAAUGUGGGUGCUAUGGUUGGUGCUAUUGCCAGUGGUCAGAUCGCUGAAUACAUUGGAAGAAAAGGGUCUCUGAUGAUUGCUGCAAUUCCUAAUAUCAUUGGCUGGCUUUGCAUAUCAUUUGCAGAAGAUACUUCUUUUCUUUACAUGGGAAGACUUUUAGAAGGUUUUGGUGUUGGGAUCAUCUCUUACACGGUGCCUGUAUAUAUUGCUGAGAUAUCUCCACAGAAUAUGAGGGGAGGGUUGGGUUCUGUUAACCAGCUUUCUGUGACAAUUGGAAUAAUGUUGGCUUAUUUACUUGGCCUCUUUGUUCCAUGGAGAAUCCUUGCAGUCUUGGGGACAUUGCCAUGCAUAGUAUUGAUACCUGGUCUCUUUUUCAUUCCUGAGUCCCCUCGUUGGCUGGCAAAAAUGGGUAUGACUGAUGAUUUUGAAACCUCAUUACAAGUUCUUAGAGGGUUUGAGACUGAUAUUACCGUUGAGGUUAAUGAAAUCAAGAGAUCUGUGGGAACGUCUACGAAACGAUCGUCUACAGUUCGGUUUGUUGAUCUCAAGCGCAGGAGAUACUAUUUCCCACUUAUGGUUGGUAUAGGUUUGCUUGUACUUCAACAACUCGGUGGAAUUAAUGGUGUCCUGUUUUAUUCCAGUACAAUCUUUGAGUCUGCAGGAGUUACAUCGAGUAACGCAGCAACAUUUGGGGUCGGUGCUAUUCAGGUAGUGGCGACUGCAAUAUCAACAUGGUUGGUGGACAAAGCAGGUCGUCGUCUUCUUCUUACCAUUUCUUCUGUUGGGAUGACGAUAAGCCUAGUGAUUGUUGCAGCUGCCUUCUACCUUAAGGAAUUUGUGUCUCACGAUUCAGACAUGUACAGUAUGCUGAGUAUCUUGUCAGUAGUUGGAGUAGUGGCAAUGGUUGUUUCUUUCUCAUUGGGAAUGGGACCAAUUCCGUGGCUCAUUAUGUCUGAGAUCCUUCCUGUGAACAUAAAGGGUUUAGCUGGAAGUAUAGCAACUUUAGCCAAUUGGUUUAUCUCUUGGUUGAUCACCAUGACCGCAAACUUGCUAUUAGCCUGGAGCAGUGGAGGAACUUUCACUCUAUACGGUUUGGUUUGUGCAUUCACAGUGGUGUUCGUGACUCUGUGGGUUCCUGAGACCAAAGGGAAAACGCUUGAAGAACUUCAAGCCUUGUUCAGAUGAGAAAAACUCAAAAACAAUUUCAUUUUUUGGUCUCCCUCUCUCUUUUGGCCACGAACAAGAAGAAACGGAGAAAUGUUCCAGCUGUUGUUAAUUGGGCUGAGAAGUUACUAAAAUUUGUUUGUUUGUUGUGUGUCAAUAUUUUUUUUUUGUUCAAAGUUGUGUGUCAAUAAUCUUCUGUUCAAUGUAUAUGAACAAACAUUCAAGUUUUUUUGUAAUUUGAUCAAACUCUUCAUACAGAGAUAAAUCUGAACAUCAACAUUGCCAGAAAUGAAUAAUGAUGAUCUAGAAUUGUAACC